CACACACACACUGGAUGGGCAUCCAUCCCUGUAAAGAUGCAGAAACAGAGAGACCACUAAAACUCUUCAGAAGCUUCAUUUCCACCUGCGGUAGACACAGGUUCAGUUGGAAGCUGGUGUAAAUGUUUUAGGGGUUAUAGGACCAUGAGAGGAAGAUGACUCGGGACAGUCUGAUCACCUCUGAGAAUGACGGUAGGACCAGAUUUCUCUUAUUGUUUUUAUAUAUUCAUCUUUCGAGGUUGAUUAUUAGAGGACAGUCAUUCUAUGUGCAUAUGGAGAUACAGGUCUGAUAUAUUUCUUUGUCAUAGAUUGUUGCAAAUGAUCGGCAAUUUAUGUCAAGUUCAUUAGGAAUAAAUAUGACUGAUUAUUUAAAUCAAUCAAGGCCCUUUGGAUUAUUUGCUUGCUAUGAUAGGUAAUCAUAACUGUUUUCCAUCAACUGUUUUAGUUUCUUAUGUUAUUUUUAUAUUUUUUGGAAGAAAUGUAAAUCUAAACAAUUAUAUAUAAAAAAAUGUUAUGCUUAUAGUGUGUUGUGUUGUAGUGUGUUAGCUGCUUUUCCUUUAUAGAAAAACAUCCAUAUUUACUUAAAAGGGUGCCUUAAUGUCAUUCAUAUGACAUACAAGUAAACACAGAACAUCAAUCAUCAAUUAAAGGCCAAAAACCGAGCACCUCAAAUACAUUCAUCCUCUACUUUCGUGCAUCAGUCAGCUGCAUAUUUGGGAGUUGGCCUCUUGCCCUCGCCUGUCCCCCCAUCCUUGUGGGCAUAGCCUCCCGUCUCCCUUCAUUAGGCCAUUGUUUGUCUCUUUUGUGCACUCUAUUGCACACAGCCGUAAUGACCCCGCCGCUGGCCACUCGGGUUACAAUAAGGACACACAUCAAAGGGCCGACUACAUAAAUAUCAGCUCAAUUUGUCAGUGGUCCUCUUUGUUUUCCUCUUCAUCCCCUUCACUGCAGGACAAUAGUGCCAGGUAUACAAUAAGGUAGGCUGAGCUCGAUCAGUGAAAGGGGCAGUGUUGUGUUGAAGAUAUACAAAAAACCUGACUGGAUUUAUAAAGCUGAGGUCAUCAGAGGAGGAAGGGGUUGUUGUUGUUGUUGUUGUUGUUGUUGUUGUUGUUGUUGUACUUUAUCUGAAAAAUACUUAUCAACAUGAGACAACAGAAAAGCACAAACAUUGAAUUGGAAUUCAUAAAAAGAGAAAUAAUGAAAAAAUGUCAAUCAUAAAUAGUUUGCAGAAUGACAACAAUGCUACUUGAGCUUCGACAUUGAAAACAUGCCGAUUUAUUAUAAUUUUGCAUUAGAACUUUUAAAUAUACACUUUCAGCAUGUUUAAAUGAUUCUCUGCAAUGGGAAAUCGCAUUAUCAGUUACAUACAAUAAACUCUAAUUUUAUGAUAGCAUAGUGAAAGAAGACCGAUUUUAAAAUCAUGUCACUCACAUGGUGUCCAAAUCAUUGUUUGUGGGACUCAUCAAAUUAGGUUGUUUAAAACUAGUAAGUAAGUAAUAAGUAGUAAUAAGUAAUAAGGCACUUUCAGGAACCUUUUAAACCUUUUAAAAACAAAACAAAAACAACUAUUUGUGACAUUAUCUUUCCCACAGUUGACAUUGGACUGGAAUUUGAAGGUCUGGAGGAUGAAGUUGAUACUUUUCAAGAGGAACAUGAGAGAGAAAGACACAGAGGAAAAAGAAGGGAUGGUGAAAGAGCAAAAAAGAAGAAGAGGGGAAAUGGUGAGGGGAGAAAAAGAGCUUCGAGAGCGGGACGAGAGGAAGAAAAAUUACAGGCCAGGCGUGAGAAAAAGGGUAGGAGAAAGAAAUCAAGCAGUGAUCAAGAAGCUGAAGGGAGAGAGGGGGAUGAGGCGGACCAGCCAACAACGAAAAGCAGUAAGGCAGCAAAAACAAGGAAGAAUGUAAAAAAUGAAAAAACAAGAAAAGUGGAGAAAGAGGAAAAGGAGGACGAGGCAGAUGAUGAAGAGAGAAACAGAAAGAGAAAAAAGAAACAUGGAAGUAACAAAAAAGAAGAGAAUGUAGAGGAUGGCAAUACAGUGAAGGAGAAAGCAGGGGAAGUGAAGAAGAAAAAGCACAAGAAAGUAGUGGAAACAAGUUCAGAGAAGGAGACAAGUGAGGAAGAGGACAACGAAGAAGAGGACAGUGAGGAGAAAGAGGUGAGGCCAGAGACUCUGACUCCUGAGGAGCUGGAGAUGCUGAAGGAGGCCGUGGACGAGAGGAAGAAAUUGAUCCAGGGCCUGAGGGGAAAACCCUGGGCAAUGAAAAAGAAACUUGUGACCUUACGGGAGUCUCAGGAGUUCGUGGACAAAUAUGAGGGAGCUUUGGGGAAAGGGAAAGGCAGAAAGCUUUAUGCGUACAAGGUCAUGAUGACCAAGAAAUGGAUGAAGUUUAAACGGGACUUUGAAAACUUCAAAACUGCUUGUAUUCCAUGGGAGAUGAAAAUCAAGGAAAUUGAAAGUCAUUUUGGCUCCUCAGUUGCCUCUUACUUUAUCUUCCUGAGGUGGAUGUAUGGCAUCAACAUGAUCUUGUUUUGUCUGACCUUUGGCCUGGUUAUGGUGCCAGAGGCAUUAAUGGGACGGCCCUAUGGCACCAUCCCAAGAAAGACUGUCCCCCGUGCAGAGGCGCCCAGUGCCAUGGACUUCGCUGUUUUAUGGGACUUUGGAGGUUACGCUCAGUAUUCAGUCCUCUUCUACGGUUACUACAACAACCAGCGUGCCAUUGGCUGGUUGAAGUUUCGUAUGCCUCUGUCAUACUUCCUGGUUGGUGUUGGAACAGUGGCCUAUAGCUACAUGGUGGUCAUAAGAACGAUGGCCCGUAAUGCAAACGAGUCAGGGGUCGGAGAUGACAACAGCUUUAAUUUCAGCUGGAAGAUGUUCACCAGCUGGGACUACCUGAUAGGAAACCCUGAGACUGCAGACAAUAAGUUUGCUUCCAUCACCACCAUUUUCAAGGAGGCUAUCUUAGAGGAGCAGGAGAGCCGAAAGGACGACAACAUCCAUCUGACUCGAUUUCUGCGUGUUCUGGCCAACUUCCUGGUCUUGUGCUGCUUGGCAGGAAGUGGAUACCUGAUCUACUUUGUGGUGCGCCGCUCGCAGAAGUUCGCCCUUGACGGACUGGAGAAUCACACCUGGUGGGAAAGGAAUGAGGUGAACAUGGUCAUGUCAUUGCUGGGGAUGUUCUGCCCCAUGCUGUUUGACGUCAUCAGCGCCCUGGAGAACUACCACCCUCGGGUCGCCCUGCAGUGGCAGCUCGGUCGCAUCUUUGCCCUCUUCUUGGGAAAUCUGUACACCUUCAUCAUCGCACUCAUGGAUGAAAUCAACCUCAAAAGGGAAGAGGAAAAUAUAGUCAAGUUUAAUAUAACCACGUGGGAAGCCAGUCACUACAAUAUCUCAGCAUCAGAAAACAGCACAUCUCCACCCGUCACCAUCCAGCCGGCGGAUGUCCCCAGAGGGCCCUGCUGGGAGACCAUGGUGGGCCAGGAGUUUGUCCGGCUGAUCAUAUCUGAUACGAUGACGACCUACAUCACGCUGCUGAUCGGCGACUUCCUGAGAGCUGUGCUUGUUCGUUUUCUCAACUACUGCUGGUGCUGGGACCUUGAGGCAGGAUUUCCAUCCUACUCUGAGUUUGAUGUCAGUGGGAAUGUACUGGGCCUGAUCUUCAAUCAGGGAAUGAUAUGGAUGGGGGCUUUCUAUGCCCCUUGCCUGCCCGCCCUGAACCUCCUCCGGCUCCACGUGUCCAUGUACCUGCAGUGCUGGGCCGUGAUGUGCUGUAAUGUGCCGCAGGAAAGGGUCUUCAAGGCCUCGGGCUCCAACAACUUCUACAUGGCCAUGUUGCUGGUCAUCCUCUUCCUAUCCACUCUGCCUGCCAUCUACACCAUCGUCACCAUCCCCCCUUCCUUUGACUGUGGACCCUUCAGUGGGAAGAAACGUAUGUUUGAUGUGAUCCAGGAGACUCUUGAGUCGGACUUCCCCGCCUGGUUCAGUAAAGUCUUCAGCUCUGCCUCGAACCCUGGACUGGUGCUACCCUUCAUAUUGCUCAUGGUACUGGCUAUUUAUUACUUACAGUCCACAUCUAAAAGCUACAAAGAAGCUAAUGUUGACCUGAAGAAAAAACUACAGACGCAAAAUGAGGAGAACAAGAAGAAAAACAAACUAGCAGCGUUAAAGGCCCAGAUGGAUUUAGAAGAGGCUCGAAAAGCGGCAUCACCUUCUGCAGAGCAUCAAAAGAACAACAACGCUUCACCAGACCAAGAAGCAGAUGAGGAAGAAGACCGUGGCAGAAGUCAGAGGAUGUAUCAUAGUAAAAAUGGACGAAGCCCUCCUCCUCAUCGCCAUUACGGCCAACUUCCUGCCACCAGAGCCCCUGUACCCAGGAACUAUCCCCAUGGUAACCAGGGGUCUGCUGGCUACCUGCCGAGUUUCCCUCGGGAAAAUGAAGCCAGGAUGCACAGGGUGCCGAGUCUGCAGAGACACUGAGGGAGUGAAGAAAAAAACAGCAUGUCACUCAAAACUAUGCACUUUAUUGAGAAUUUUGAAUAAUUAUAUGUUAGUCUGUUAGUCCUUAAUAUAAGUGUUUUUAAAACUGCAUUUAUGAUAAAAGAACCUGAAAGCAGUGCAAAUGACAAGUGUAAUUGUUUAUUUGUUCACUGUAUAAACUCUAACAAUACAAGAUUCUCAUUUUCUUUACAUUUAAUUGUUUUAGUUCCAACAUUUCCCUAAUAUUUUCAAAGCAUUGAUCACUAAGUUUGCAAGCUAAAUCUGUUUUAAAUUUGAAAUGUAUUAGUAAUACUCCUUCGAUUUAAUAAUCUAAUAUAUAUAUUUCAAGUCACUAUCUAUCACAAAAAGAGGUAACACAAUGGGGAUUGAGCCUGAUAAAAGCCCUUAAACUUAAGG